GUCAGCAUGAACGAGCUCGGCGAGCAGCUCGCGGCCUUCCAGGCGCGCGAGGGCGCUCGGGCCAUAGCCGUCGACGUCGACUUGGACACGCGCGCCCUCAGGGGCCUCGUCGAGGCGCUGCAGACCGCGGCGGCUGAGGCGCGGAGCUUGGCCGCUCAGGCCGAGGGGGCGGCGCGGGACACUCAAGAGGUCGUGGACGAGCACUUCAGAGAG